UGAUAGAAACUAGAUCUAUUCUUUUAGUGUCUUUAAUCUAUGUCUAUAUAUAGGCACUAUAGCAUGGGUGUAGCCAGGGGGGAUUUGGCGGCGGGGAGUUAACAAUUUUUCCACUAUCUCCUCAACUCCUGGAAGAACCUUUAGAUUCUAUGGCAAAAGAAUGAAGGGUUAGAAUGUAAUGAAGAUUAAUUAUCUACACAGACACACACACACAUAUAUGUAUAGCCUAUAAUAUAUAUUUAUAAUUUGGCAGGAGGGGGCCCAAAAAAAAAAAUUCUGGCUAUGCUCAUGAUCUAUAGUGAAGUAUAGUGUGUGUAUAGUUUGAGUAUAAAAAAAUUAUACUAAGACAAAGUAGAAUCUUAGAUUCUAUAAAAGUUUUUUAAUUUAACUUUUUAAAGUAGUAUAUAGUCUUGAUCUAUAUAUAUACAAUAAUAUUAUUAAUUUAAGUAGUUAGGAUCUGUUAUGAUAGAUAAAGAGUCUAGAUAAGUUAAGAUAUAUCAUUAUCAUCUAUGUCUAUACUCAACUAUAUACUGUCUAUAGAUCUACUAGUAUAACUAGAAUCUAGACCUAAUCUAGAGUCUAUAUCUUAGCUAGAUUAUAGCUCCUGAGCCAUUGAAUUAGAGUGAUGUAGAGUUCCUGUUCCAUAUAUGCUAGGACAAAGUUGUACAAGUACUCCUUCUUUCCUAGUGCUAUGUAAUGGGUAUGGCAGAGUUAAAGUCAUUGAUUAACAUUCAUGACUAGAUUGCCCUAAGGACACGUGUAGGAUGCAAUCAUCUUCUUUUUUGAAAUAUGACACUUGUGUGACACAACCUGUUGAAAAGAACUGCAUUCAGCAAAGUCAUUAUACCAUGCUGGAUGUAACAGAGAAAGCAGAUGAACUCUACCAGACAUAUAAAAUAAAUGAUCUAUAUAAUUAUUUAACAGCUUACAAAGAGAUAGAAAAUGAUGAAAUACUGUGGCGAUUGGCAAGAGUGACACAUGAUAAAGCCAAGUAUGAAAAGGACAAGCAUAAACGUCACAAUAUUAUGCUGGAAGCAUUUUCAUAUGCAGAGAAGGCUCUAGAGUUAAACCCCAACAGUGCUCACUGCCACAGGUGGUAUGCUGCCUUAUUAUAUUUUACAACUGAAGGAAUAGGAGUGAAACAUAAAAUACAGUCUGCGUUUAAAGUUAGAGAACAUUUUGAUAAAGCCCUUGAACUUGACCCAGACGAUGUCAUUUCUCUUCACUCUAUUGGAUAUUGGUGUUUUGCAUUAGCAGAGCGACCAUGGUACCAGAGAAAAAUAGCUGCAACAUUUUUUGCAGCUCUUCCAGAAACAACCUAUGAUGAAGCUUUAGAAUGGUUCAUGAAAGCAGAGAAAAUUCAAGAAAAUUUUAUGUGCACAAAUCUGCUGAUGAUAGGCAAAACACACUUGAAACUUCACAAUAAAGAAAAGGCUAUCGAGUACUUACAAAAGGCUACUGAAUUUAAAGUUCGAACCCCAGAUGAUGAAGAGUCCCACAAAGAGGCAGUGGAAAUUCUAAAGCAUAUGGGUCAUGGCCAUUUACUAAAAAGUUGUCUUCACAUAGAUCCAAGCUAAUUUUACAUUAUUGGCAUCUGCAGAAACUGAACAUGAAACCCGGUCUGUUUAAUAUAUGUAGAUGUCAUUGUGCUUAUUUAUUUCUGGUCUUUAAAAAAUAUGACUACAGUGAAUUAGAUUAUGACUGGAGUGUAGUUGUUUUUUUUUUCUAUGUCUGUAACACUUAAGGACUAUUUAUAGUAGAGAAAUACAUUCCUGUUCCACAUUGUUAUCUAAUACACAUUUUUAAUUGUUGUUUCAACAGCUGAAAAGAUGCAGCAGAUUACAAUUUUAAUGGCAAAUUUUUUUUUACAAACUUAUUUUUUACACAUAAUUAUAUUAAUAAGUGUAGAGAAAAUUUAACUAUAAUAGGGAGAUAUAUUCUAUUUUAAAAAAAAAGCAGAAUUAAUAUCAAGUCUAGAAUGAGAUUUAAUUUGUUUAUGAGUUAGGAAGAUAAUUAUUAUGUAAUAUGGGGUUAUAUUUUGCCAUUAUUUCAACAAUCAGCAUUAUAAAUAAAAUAAUCACAAACACUAAACAGGAUAAUUACAGGUGCAGAUCACUUGAAUGUAAAUGAUUGUUCACUUUUUUUUUCCCUCCCUUCCUGCCCCACACACAAAGAUUGACACAAUGUUCUAUUUUAAAAAAAAAAGCAGAAUUAAUAUCAGUCUAGAAUGAGAUUUAAUUUGUUUAUGAGUUAGGAAGAUAAUUAUUAUGUAAUAUGGGGUUAUAUUUUGCCAUUAUUUCAACAAUCAGCAUUAUAAAUAAAAUAAUCACAAACACUAAACAGGAUAAUUACAGGUGCAGAUCACUUGAAUGUAAAUGAUUGUUCACUUUUUUUUUCCCUCCCUUCCUGCCCCACACACAAAGAUUGACACACUUAGCAAUGUAUACUUUACUUGAAGUAUAUUGCUGGUUAAAUCAGAAAUGUUUCCCAAUGAAUGUUAUUGAUAAUGAAAUACUCAAUUUGUUAGUUUUGUUUUAGCUAAGCUUGUUUUUUUUAUUUCUCUUGUUAUUUUCUUUUACAAAGAUCUGAAUUUUAUUUGUAAUACUCUAGUGACCCUUGAGUUUUACUAGUCAUUUAUUAAGAUAAAUAAUUACCCUCUUAAUUGUAUUUAUUCAUCUAUAUAAAUAUUUAUUUUAUAACAGUAUUUAUGGCCCCUUAUUUCCCAGUUUUAUGAUAUUCAUAAAUCUAUACACAUUGUAGUUUGUUGCUUUCUUUUGCAAAGAUCUAUCUUUAAUUUAUGAAUGUGAUGUGAAGUUUUAUUAUUUUUUUAUUUUACAACACAUACUUUUUUUUUCCACCGAACAAAAAUAUUUAAUGAAUACAGUUUCUUAAAAAAUGUAAUUGUAAUAUAUUUUUCAGUUUUUUUUCAGCUUAAUGUCCUAGUAAUAUUUUAUUCAUUUUAUUGUUUUGAAAAAAAAAAGAAUUCAGAUUGACCUAAGCAAAGUGUUAUCUUCAUAAUUGUAAAAUGUUUUACAUACGACUAGCCUCAAAUUAGGAUCAUAUUAGGUUGUUGUAUUGUGGUUCUGAUUCAAAGCAAAUUAUAGUUAACCCUGUCUAGGAAAAGAAGUUAGCUGCUCUGUUCAGCUAUUAUAAUUUAUGAUAAACAUAUACCCAUUCAUUGUUUACUGUUACUAUAAUGAGGCAUUAAAAAAAUACUUUUGUGUUCACAGGUCUUGUAAAAUCAAUUUUUUUUCAGGAAUUCUUAUUUAAAAAAUGUGGGAAAAGUGCAAAUGCUUGAAAGUUGUUGACUUCUGUUUCUCAUUGUGUUGUACCCAGCCUUUUACUCAAGCAUUUCUAUGGUAUUUUUGCCUGAAUUGUUCAAAGUUUCUAGUAAUACUCAUUUUACUCAACCAAAGUCAUGCCAGUCCUGUUUUUUAAAUUGUUUAAUCAGUGUUAAACAGGGUAUGAAUUUUUUUAAAAAUAUAUUUAUGAACAAUUAUUUAAUUUUUUUUGUUGUUUUUUUUUUUUUUUGGCUAUUGUAUAUAAUGGAGUGUAACCUUUUUGUAUUGCUAAUGAUUUAAGCAUGCUGCCAUACUAGUUUAUAACAUUCAUUUUUAAAUUUAGAUUUUUUUUUUUUAAACUUUAAUGUGGUGGUUGGUCAUGUCAUUUUUUCUGUAUAGUAUGGACAAUAACUUAAGAUAUUCAAAGACAUAUCAUACAUUACAUAUACUAAACAUACAACAAAAUGAUUUCCAAAGAAUUAUAAACACAAUAAAAUCCGUAUACAAUUAGAUAAGCAUGUCAGAACAAGAAAGCUUAGAUAGUAUGGACAUGUUUUAAGAUCAAAUGACCUAAGAUAGUCCUAUAGAGCAUAGCGCCAGGGAUAGUCCUAUAUAGCAUAGCGCCAGGUAGACAGAUUGCAAAACUGGGUUAUAAAAUUGAAAAAAAGAUUGACAUGGCUAGCAAUUUCAAAAUGUAGUGAUAAACCAUCAUCAAAACUGAUAUUAAAACAGUUUGCUAGGGCUCAUUUUCUGUUAAAGAUACAGAAUUUUCAAAAAUUGCAUUUCUAAGGACCUGAUAUAGGUCCUUGCAAUACAUACUUGCCUUCCUGUGUAAACAUUUUUCAAGUGCUUUCACUUCAGAAUUGAACAUUAUUACAUCCUAGCCUAAACCUCCAAUAGGACCUAGACCAUUCAACAAUCCAAAAUACUAUGUCCAAGUCAAGCUAGUUCCUCAUUAUUGAUGCUUUCAUUACAGAAUAAUGGUCUACAAUGAGAAAUGCACAUUAAUUACUAAUCUUUAGGUGUUUUUUUUUUGUAGACCAAUCUGUCAAAUUAAAAAGCUGUGGGUAAAAGUAAAAGGUGAUAUUGCUUCUUGAAUAGGUUUUUGACUUACUGUUCAUUACGAAUUGCCCUGUUAGACUAUAAUUUGCAUAACUUGUAUGGUGCCAACACAAGUGAAGAUGUAGCUUUUUUAAAAAAGAGAAAAAAGAAUUACCGGUGGCUCCUGGCAUCUGGAUUAACAAUAAUUGAUACUAUUAAAAAUUAUGAAUAUUAAUUUUGUGAUACAAUUUUCAUGAAUAACUUAUUAACUUUUUACAUGUACAUAGUACCACACACACAUGCAUGUGUAUUUGUCAGUCAGUCAGUCAGUCAUCUUUGUUCCUAUCUGGCAAUGGCUAACUAAUGUACAUAGUACCACACACACAUGCAUGUGUAUUUGUCAGUCAGUCAAUAAUCUUUGUUCCUAUCUGGCAAUGGCUAACUAAUGUUUGCUUUAUAAAAUGUCACACUUGUUGUUUUUUUUAUUUUGGUCCACCAGCAUUUGAUCGCUGUUUGAGUGAUAUUUAUGGCAAGAGUAUUUUACUAUCACAGUUACUAUUGACUGUGAAAUUAACAUUUGCAAUCAUCUCAGAUACAUUUUUGUUCUCAAAUAACUCUGAAAUGUAAUUAACAUUUUGAUAGACUUUUGUGUAUAUAGUAGAGAUAUAGAAAAUGGUGACAGUCUAUGUGGAGCUCUAAUGCAUGACCAUUUCAGUGUUGAGUGUUUAUCAAUGAAGUGUUUACUAAAUAGCAUCUGAUCUUCCGUAUCCUAUUUGCCUUCUAGUAGUUUGCAAGCACAAAAACAAAACAACUUUUAAUUCAUGCUUUGUUUCUUUAAUGAUGACUAAAUCUGUUAUUAUUCCACUAUUUUCAGACUCAACAACUUA